AUGGCUGGUCUACCGCCCAAGCCUGAAUUUUCUCAAGUACCCGCCCGUUAUGAACGAGAAGACGAACGGCACUACCGCGGUUCCGGCGGACGCUCACCUCCACGACGCAGAGCUCGCUCACCACCUAUGGACUCCUACGUUCCCAGUGCGAGCAGUGGUGGACGUUCCGGAGGAGGCCGGCGCGGCGGGCCGUCAUCGUACCGUCGUUCCCGCUCGCCACCACCGCGUCGUGAUCGAGACCGAGACCGACUUGACACGUACCGGCCUGGUGCGGACCGUGACCGUGAGCGAGACCGCGACCGCGACCGAGAAUGGGAGAGAUACGAUCCACGUGACAGAGAGUGGAUACCCGCUGCCCAGUCGCGCCGUACGGAGAGGGAAUCUUGGGACGCACGAAAUGCGAGGGAGAAGGCGGAGAGGCUGGCCAGGGAAGGACGACAGGCCAGCCGGCGGCAACGUGACUGGAAGACGCGCGACGAGGCAGCGGCAUACGACCGCAGACGGGAAAAGGAAAGGGACCGUGAGAGAUCACGCUCUCCUCCGCGUAGGCGUUCGUACAGUCGUCGCACCUCCCCGUCUUCUUCGCCUCAGACGCAGCGCUCGACGAGACCGGCCAGGUCUCCGUCACGUGAGGAGACACCGGAGGAAGGAGCGAUUACGCCUGAACCCCGUAAACGGAGGAGAGACCGCUCGUCUAGCCGUUCACGGUCGCGUUCGAGGAGCCCGUCUAGGUCUAGAUCGACCGUGUCUACAGCCAGCAGAUCUCGUUCGCCACCCAUCAAGAAACAUCGGUUGCCGACGUCUACUCUGAAGCAUUCUUCUUUGGCUGCGCGUAUAGCGCCUCUACCUACUGCACCUGCGGCUGCCAGUACCUCGACUAUCCCUACUGCACCUGCCGCAGUACGCGACAAACCGGCGGAAUCAAGCUCACGUAGUCCUCGUGUACCGACACCGACACCUCAACCUGCUCAUCCGUCGAAAUGGCCGACUGUACCUUCUGUAUCUACAUCAGCUGCGCCAUCCCCCGUCACUCCCUCGUCGACUUUCCGCGAUAAAGGCAAAGGUCGGGAAGAUAGACGCGACGCCGAAGGCGAUAUCCAGAUGUCGGACUCCACGCCUGCUAUAACGGUCAACACACCUGCACCAACGCCAACACAGACCCAACCCUCGCAUGGCCUCCCAGCUCGUCCGAUCCCCACGGAACCUGCACGGCACAAUCAAUCUCACACGGAACGCCGCGAGCCCUACAAAGGUCCUUCAAAGCCCAUCCCGACGCAACCUUCCGCGGCAUCGCACUCGAAGUUGCCGAAAGGACCCAAACAACGUGGGAUAUCGCCCGAUCCGGUGUCCAUCAAGAAGAGGUGGGAGCAGAAGGAUAUGAGCAAGGAGCAGAGGGAGAGGGCGGAUAAGGCCGCUGAGAACGAGAGGAGGGAGUAUGCGAGUUAUCAUACGGCGAUAUCGGCGUACCACCUCAAGAACCCGUCGACGGUCUCGUUUGAUCUCAGACGGAAACUAAGGCAAGCGGCGCAUGAACUUGCGGUUACUCUCUUGGACUCUGGAGCGGCGGAGAAGAGGAGCGAUGUGGCUGAGUCGGCUGUCGAGCGCGCGAGGGCGGGUGUGCUUGGUGAGGGCGUUAUGGGGAGCCCUGUUCAGUAG